GGUGUUGAUGAUCUGUUCUGCCAGUGCGGAUCGCCCAGUCCCAGCGUCGGACAUCUCUACGGCUGUCCCCAGCUGGGCCUUCAGGAGGCCGGUUUCGUGUCGUCUUUGGCCGAUCCGGUCGGCCUCAUGAGCCUCGCCGUCUCAGGCCUGCCCUCAUCCGGUUCCGGGCAGGAGCAACCGUCGCCGCCGGUGCAAUUCGUGGCCGCGGUAUCCGCCGCUCUGACGACGACGGCCAAUUCAUCGGGCGAUUUCUUCCUCGCCCCUUUGGCCAGUCCGGCAGGACAGAACGGAAACGGAACUGUACCGAUGCCGGUGACGCUGCCGGUGACGCUGCCGGUGACUUUGUCGGUGUCGGUGCCGAUGCCGGUGUCGGUACCGGGCACAGCAUGUACACCGGCCGGGGCGACUUCGUGGUUUCCGGGGCUGGAGCAGAGGACAUGGACGGCGAACAUGGCGCGUGCCGCACUCCCACCCCUUCGAGUGGCCGGCAGUCAGUCCCAGUUCGUGGCGCCAGCCCUCUCCACCGCCUACCAACAGUCCGGCUUCAAACUGCCACCCGGACACCAACUGCAUCAUCCGCCCGGCCAACCACAUCAUCUUUUCCCACAGGCCGUCCAAUCGGCCUACGCCACACCGCUCCUGUCCGCGGCCGGACAUCCUCAACAGCAUCACGUUCGGAUCGCACAACCAUUCUUCGUCGCUUCGGCCGACAAUCUGGUCGUCGACAGACGACCCGGCCUGACACACACCGCUCUGGUACCGCCGUACAAGCCGAAUUUCGUCGAUGGCACCGGAUCUUUUCACUGGGUCUCCGAUGUCACCAUGUCGAGGAUCCGCCUGGUGAGUCAUGUCUUCCGUUUCCGCCCAUGA